GCAAUGGCUGCGCCAAUUACGGAGGAGCCUCCACCUGCUACCGACCCCAAUUCUACCAUCCCUCCUCCCGACUUCGAUUCCAUCUCGAUACCUCCGUUCGACCAAUUUUACCAUCCCGAUUCCGAUCAGAUUCCGAUCGGUGAGCUGAUGUCCGAUCUGGGGUUUCCUGUUGACGGCGACGGUGAAUUCGAGCUCACUUUCGACGGUAUGGACGACCUCUACUUUCCCGCUGAGAACGAGACGUUCCUCAUCCCUGAGAAUGCGUCUAACCUAGAGCAGUUUGGAGAUUUUACUCCGGACUCUGAAGGCUCUGGAAUUUCCGGGGAUUGUGAUCCCAAAGACGCCGUUAAGAGUAUUAGUCCCUCGCCGACCACUUCGGGAUGCUGUAACCGGGAAUCUCCCAGGGAUUCCGACGAUCGAUGCUCAGGUGCUGAGCGUACCUUGGAUCUACCGACUCCAUUGUCGUCUCAGGGGUCGGGUAAUUGCGGUUCUGAUGUCUCGGAAGCUACGAACGAAUCCUCGCCCAAAUCAGGAAACGUUGUGGUCGACCAGAAGGUUAAGGUGGAAGAAGCAGCGACGACAUCCGUUACCAAGAGGAAAAAAGAGAUCGAAGAGGAUAUGAGUGACGAAUCGAGGAGCAGCAAGUAUAGGAGAUCGGGAGAGGACGCGGACGCAAGUGCGGUGACGGGUGAAGAAGACGAGAAAAAGAAAGCGAGGCUGAUGAGAAACCGUGAAAGCGCGCAGCUUUCGAGGCAGAGGAAGAAACAUUACGUGGAGGAGCUCGAGGAGAAGGUUAGGAAUAUGCAUUCCACUAUAUCGGAUUUGAACGGUAAGAUAUCGUAUUUCAUGGCUGAGAACGCCACUUUGAGGCAGCAACUGGGAGGAAAUGGAAUGUGCCCGCCGCAUCAUCCACCGCCUCCGAUGGGAAUGUAUCCGCCAAUGGCACCGAUGCCUUAUCCAUGGAUGCCUUGUCCACCUUACAUGGUGAAGCAGCAAGGGUCUCAAGUGCCUUUGAUUCCCAUUCCUAGGUUGAAACCACAGAACCCACUUGGAUCAUCCAAGGCAAAGAAGUCGGAGAGUAAGAAGAGUGAAGCAAAGACCAAGAAGGUCGCCAGUAUUAGUUUUCUGGGUCUUCUGUUUUGUUUAUUUUUGUUUGGUGCAUUGGCUCCGAUUGUGAACGUUAAUUAUGGAGGAAUUAGUGGUGCCUUUUAUGGGAACUAUAGGCCUAAUUAUGUCACCGACCAUAUUUAUAGCCAGCGUAGGGAUAGAGUUUUGGAUACGUCUCGUAGUGGUGCUGCUGGAGUUUCGAAUAGUAAUGGGAUGCAUUGUGGGAGAGAUUCUGAUGAUAAAUCUGCAACAGAGAGCGCUGUACCUCCUGGAAAUGGUAGUGAGCCUCUAGUUGCAUCACUCUUUGUUCCGAGGAAUGACAAGCUUGUGAAGAUUGAUGGGAAUCUGAUUAUUAAUUCUAUAUUGGCGAGUGAGAAAGCCGUGGCUUCAAGAAAGGCCUCUGAAUCAAAUGAGAGGAAAGCUGACUUGGCGAUUCCGAAAGAUUAUUCCCCUGCACUGCCUCUACCUGACGUGGGAAGGAUCGAGGAUAUGGCUAAGCAUCUCUAUAGAUCCAAGACUGAGAAACAGAAAGCCUUAUCCUCUGGCUCUGCUGAUACUCUGAAAGACCAAAUCAAAACAAAAGCAGCCAAUGGUGAAAUGCAGCAAUGGUUUCGUGAAGGUGUUGCAGGGCCAAUGUUUAGCUCCGGGAUGUGCACUGAAGUAUUUCAGUUCGAUGUCUCCUCAACCUCUGGAGCCAUUAUUCCUGCAUCUCCAGCAACCAACGUCUCUGCUGAACACAGUAAGAACGCCACAGACACACACAGGCGAAAGAACAGAAGAACACUUCGUGGUCUGCCCAUUCCACUCCCAGGAUCAGAUUUUAACUUCACCAAAGAGAACCAAAGAAACAGCUCUGGCAAAGAAAUCAAGCCCGCGUCAUCAAUGGUUGUCUCUGUGCUUGUUGAUCCCAGAGAAGGUGGUGAUGGAGAUAUCGAUGGGAUGAUUGGGGGACCAAAAUCACUGUCCCGAGUUUUUGUCGUCGUGCUUCUGGACAGUGCAAAGUAUGUCACAUACUCUUGUGUCCUACCUCGAUCAGGAGCUCCUCAUCUCGUGACCACUUAA